GUUUUUUUUGGCACUUGGCCAGAAAACACGACUAUAAGCUGUGUUGAAGUCUACCUGAGUUAAAUCAUUCGUGUCUCACUGCAAAGUAACCAUGACACUACUCAGUGCCUUCGCCAGUUUUGUUUUUACAUUGGCUGCUGUUGAAAACCAGCCUGUGAUGGAGUCCUCAUAUGUUGCUGCUGUGUACGAGCACAACUUAAUCCUUAACCCGGAGCCCCUUGUGCAACUGUCCCGGUCUGCUGCCCUUCAACAUAUGCAAAAGAACUUGGACAUCUACGAGGAGCAGGCUGCCGAGGCCGCUAAGCAGGGUGCCCAGAUCCUGGUGUUUCCAGAAGAUGGCAUUCAUGGUUACCACUUCAGCCGUUCAUCCAUCUCUGGUUAUCUCGAGACAAUUCCCGACCCGCAGCAAGAGAGCUGGAAUCCCUGCACAGAGCCUGAGAAGUACAACGUCACUGAGGUUCUCCAGCGCUUGAGCUGUAUGGCCCGUCGUAACAAACUCUACCUUGUGGCCAACAUGGCUGGCCUGCAGCCCUGCCCCCUGAAGACCGACCCCACCUCCUCCUGUCCCUCUGAUGGACGCUGGCAGUUCAACACCAACGUGGUCUUCAGGUCAGACGGCCUGCUGGUGGCGCGCUACCAUAAAUACAACCUUUUCUUUGAGGAGUCCUUUGACACUCCGCCACAACCGGAGCUCAUUGCAUUUGAUACACCUUUUGCCGGGAAGUUUGGCCUUAUCACUUGCUUUGACAUCCUCUUCCACAAGCCCACAAUAGCCCUGGUGGAGAAGGGCGUGCGUCAGCUGAUCUUCCCCACAGCCUGGAUGAACCUGCUCCCCCUACUAGACUCUGUCCAGUUCCAUCGGGCAUUGAGCUUGGGUGCCGAUAUCACCCUCCUCGCAGCAAACCUUCGAAAUGACAGACUAAACAUGAGGGGAAGUGGUAUCUACACCCCUUUUUCUGCCACCUAUCACCACGCACAGAGAGGAGACCCGGAGGAGGGCAGACUGCUCGUUGCUAGGGUUCCUGUCUUAGACCGGCAGUGGUUGGACAAAAACGUCACCACUCAGGAGGAGGAAGUUAAGGCAGAGCUCAUAUCACCAAAGGCUACAGACUCUGGAUUCUGUCACCAUGAGAGCUGUUCUGAUGCUUCUCCAGCGCCUCCCUCCUCCGACACCUUCACUUCCUCCAUGAUGUGGGACACAUUUACAUUUGUCCUCGUAAACGAGACCGAGGGUGUCACUAAUGUCUGCAAUGGCACCUUUUGCUGUCUCCUCGAGUACCGUCGGUUUCCACAGGGUGACAGUGAAGAACUCUAUGCAUUGGGAGCAUUUGCUGGAAUGCACAAGAAUGGAAUCUACGCCCAUCAGGUGUGUGCACUCGUCCGUUGUGCAGGGUUGGACCUCAGCUCCUGUGGCCAGAAAGUGGAAGAGGCCGAGACUAAACUGGACUUCCAAUUGGAGGGGAAGUUUGGAACCAGAUAUGUGUACCCGUCUGUUUUGGUCAGCAAGAUGGUCCUGGAUGAGCCAGAGCAUUUUGAAAAAGGUGCAGACGGCAGAGUGGUCUUGAAACACUCAAACAUGAGUGGUGGGCUGGUGACCGCCUGUCUGUAUGGACGGAUGUAUCACCUGGACAAUGAAUGAAGUGCUUCGGAAUGAUGUGUGUGUAUUCAUACGUUCUGACCAAAACUGGUUGUAGUGUAUCUGUUUCACAUUUGUCUUCUAUCAAAAACAUAUAUCUUUAUGCAUUGGGGUGUAAUGGAAAAUUGCUAAGAUGACCAUUUAAACCACGUUAGUGAAUGUAUCUGAUGUCUUCUUGUAUCCCUUAGUAAAAGUAUCAGCAUGGAAUAUGACAACACGACUGUCCUUGUAUUAUCUUUGUCUGUAGCCAUCAUGGGAAACUCCCUGGUACAAAAUGUCAGUUCCAGUAAAAUCCUUAUUAAUGUGCGACCAUGAGCUUGCCUCCCCUUCUCAUGGAGGGGUGGGGGGUUGGGUUCUGUGCAGAGCUCUGUAUUGAUGCUUUUUUUAAUUUUUUUUCCAUCCACACAUCAUGGUGACUACACAUACAUUCUGCUGUCUGAUCCUUUACCUUGAGACGUGCACAAUGUAAACCUCAUUCCUAGUGACGCUCCCACAGCUUUUGAAACACAUUACAGUCUUCUUUACAAAACCAGAGCUGGCUCCAAUAUCAUCACGUGAAUGUGCAAAAGUGUUGGACUUUAGUCACAUGCUGUUAACCUCUGUCUCUGUCAUAGAUUUCCGCCUCCAUGUAGCUAACUCACACUGCAUAAGCUUAUUUCUCUGCAGCCCUGGCUGAUUUGAAAGCAUUUUGAUAAAAUGAGGACCAGUAAUUUAGUCCCUCAUUUCUUAAUCUAUUUUCUACAAAGCUGUAUGUAAGCUGAUUUUCAUAUUCGAACAGAAUAUGAGUAUUGAGAGUUCUGUACUUUUUAUAUUUUGGGAUCUAAACGACUCUGUAAGUCUCUUACAGCACAGAGAUUGAUCUUUUUGUUUAAGAGAAAGAUCCUUUUAAAAACUAGCAGGCGUUAUAGCACUCUCAACAAAGCUACCAAACUGGGGAAAACAGUUAACUUAUUGAUUAAUAAUACAUUUACCUUUAAGAAAACAGACUUAGCUGGUCAUAGUCAUCUUAAGUAAAUGAUCAAAUGACGCAUUUAACACAAAUAAAUUGUUAGGAACCUUGAUAAUGGCCCCAAGCAGCACGUCCGUCUACAGGUUAUGUGAAGUCUUUAAAAAUCUUUAAUGUCACUCUGAUGCCAUCUACGGGACGAACCUGGAACUAGACUUUGUGACUUAUGAGUUCAAUUUAAGGUCUUCCUUCUUUUUCUUUUUUUUUUUUUACCUUUUUUAGACCUUCCCCAUCUGCCAGAAUAUUGCUUUUGAUUUUCUUUAGUACCUGAAACACUUAGAUGAAGACCUCUACAUUCUCAGAAAGAUCAUAUUUUUCAUUUUCUUAUUUUGAUGUAGAUAAGGAGAGAAAAACUUCAUAUCAUAUUUACUUUUUUCGUUCUAAUUUUAAAUACAAAAAAAGGUUGGAGAUAUUUUGCAAAAUCUUUCUCAGGCAAACUUUGAACCGGCCUUGCUGUUUAUGUUUGAAUUUAGUCUGAACACAAAACAGAAAGGUCCUAAAAGAAAACGUAACUAACACAGAAUCAAACUAACUACUAAACUGUUAUACGACACACAUAUUAUGUUGUUCUUUCACAAAAGCGUUUGCUUUUAACUAAAGUUUAAAUAAACUCCCAAUUCAUCAUA